UUCAAUUAAAUGAAAGCUAGAAACAUCUACGAGACAAUGGGGCUGCAAUAAGGCUGGGAUGUCGUCGGGCCCUAUAAAUAGGCACCUCGAUCAACUGGGAAUCAUCAGCAACUUUCGUUAGCUCCUGAUAACAUUUACAAUUACAGUUGCAAUCAGCUCGAAUCAUGUUCAAGAUUACCGCUUGCUGUUUUCUGCUCCUCGUCCUGGUGGCUAUCAGCGAGGCACGCAAACCAUCGCAUUGUUCGGGUCGUUGCUCUGUCAAGGAUAAGGACUCAAAGGAGAGGGUGUGCGUGCGGAGUUCUAGAUCAAAAAUCUGUACCAAGCUGCGUGCCUGCCGUCUGCGUGAGCGGAACUGCGGUCUAAGGAACCUGGGCUUGGCGCCGCUCAAGGUGACCAACUACAAACGUUGCGCCAAUGUUAAGGGCAGCUCCGGCUCCGCUCCAUGCGCAUCCCUUCCACGUCGCCAAUCACACCGCAGAUCGAAAAAGGACGUAAGCCGCUGCGACCUGAAGUCCUGCAAACAUCAAAAGCGCAACAGCUGCUGGCACUCUAAAGAGUCUGGACGCAAACUUUGGCUGAGCAGCUGCGAAGCCCGGAAGAGAAACUGCCGCAACGCCAAGAGCCCAUAUCUGCAGCUGGUGCGCGUCAAGGAUUCGGAAUGCCACCGCCGAGCACGACAUGUCAAGGGUUAAGCAUGCUGACAACGACAAAUCCAAAGCCCAGACGACAUAUAUAUGUUUACCCUGGCAGAGGGCUUACAGCUUGAAGUAAUUCAAACGCAACAACCACAAUUUUAUACAUAACUCCCAUUGAA